CAAGAAAUUAUGAGUAUUUGACUUCAGACCUCUCUUAACUGUCUGAAACUGGGGUUUCUUAUUUUCAGGAAAAGAAACAGGACACAGGCAGUCUCUAAGGCUCCCGCCAGCCGAGACAAUCUCCAAUUAAAAGCAGGCAUCGAUUAAAUAUUUGCUGAACAAAGUAAACCGUCUCUCUAUGGCUGAGCUGAGCGCCCACUGAGAUCCGGCCCAGAAUGGACGCGAAACCUACCCGCGGGUCCCAAACGCCGAGACCAAUAGGCGGGGCUGACCGAGGACCUUGUGCGCCACCUCAGCCACGCCCGCGCCGAGCCUUCGUUUCGCCUAUGGGUCUGCAGAGACCCUCCCUAGCCAGCCCGGCCGCGUCCCACAUCCGCCGGCACGCCCCUUCCGGGCUAAACCCCGCCCAUUCGCGCUCCUCGCCCCGCCCCAUAGGCCCCGUCCGUGACCCCGCCCCGCCGCGAGCCGGCGCCGGGUCCUCUCAGCGAUCGCGGGCGGUCGCGUCCACCCCCGACGCUCUGAGGUCAUUGACGGGGCUGGACCGCGGGGGGGCGGAGGGACGGAGGGAAGAUGGCGGCAGAGGCCGGAUAUUGGCGCCGCCUCCCCCAAUCCUGGAGCCGGCGCAGAUGAGGCAGCUUGGCUGGGGCCAGCGGCGCUUUGGAACCCGAGCUGGGGGGACCCUGGCGGUGGGGCCUGGUCCUGCUAUAUGCCGGCGCCUCGGCUAGAGUGAGCGGCGGCGACGCCUCUUUUCUCCGGCUCUUUCCCUGUCGCUGCGAGAGCUAGCGGGCGGCUGAGGCGGCGGGGCCGGGAUGGAGGACGUUAACUCCAACGUGAACGCGGACCAGGAGGUGCGGAAGUUGCAGGAGCUGGUGAAGAAGCUAGAGAAGCAGAACGAACAGCUGAGAAGCCGCUCGGGGGCCGUUCAGGGCGCCGGCUCUCUCGGGCCCGGCAGCCCGGUUCGGGCCGGCGCGUCCACUCCCUCCUCUGGCGCGGCGUCUCCUCGGGGCUUCCCCUUGGGCCUCUGCGCCAAGUCGGGCGGCGGGGCCGGGUCGGGCCCGAGGCGGACGAGUAGCGAAGAGCUGCGGGACGCCACGUCCUUGUUGGCGGCGGGCGAGGGCAGCUUGCUGGACGAGGUGGAGCCGCUGCGGCCCGACGAGCUGGAGCGUUUGUCAGGCUGGGAGGAGGAGGAGGAGAGCUGGCUGUAUUCAUCACCAAAGAAAAAACUUACACCAAUGCAGAAAUCGGUUAGUCCAUUAGUUUGGUGCAGGCAAGUUUUGGAUUACCCAAGUCCUGAUGUUGAGUGUGCUAAAAAGUCUCUUAUCCACAAACUUGAUCAAACUAUGUCAGCUCUCAAGAGGCAGAAUUUAUAUAAUAAUCCUUUCAACUCUGUGAGUUACACAAGUCCUUACAGUCCAAAUGCCAGUAGCCCAUACAGCAGUGGCUUCAAUUCUCCAUCCUCAACCCCAGUGCGACCUCCUAUAGUCAAACAGCUUAUACUUCCUGGAAAUUCAGGUAACUUGAAAAGCUCAUCAGACAGAAAUCCUCCACUCAGUCCUCAGUCCUCUAUAGAUAGUGAGUUAAGUGCUUCAGAAUUAGAUGAAGAUUCAAUUGGAUCCAAUUAUAAGCUAAAUGAUGUAACUGAUGUACAGAUUCUAGCCCGGAUGCAGGAAGAAAGUCUCCGGCAAGAAUAUGCAGCCACCACGUCUCGGCGCAGUUCUGGUUCUUCUUGCAAUUCUACAAGACGGGGUACUUUUAGUGAUCAGGAACUUGAUGCACAAAGUUUAGAUGAUGAAGAUGACAAUAUGCAUCAUGCAGUAUACCCUGCUGUUAACAGGUUUUCACCAUCACCACGCAAUUCACCUCGACCGUCACCUAAGCAGUCACCCAGAAAUUCACCUCGUUCACGAUCUCCUGCUCGGGGAAUAGAAUAUAGUAGAGUGUCCCCACAGCCUAUGAUUAGCCGCUUACAGCAACCUCGCCUUUCACUUCAAGGCCAUCCCACAGAUUUACAGACAAGCAAUGUUAAAAAUGAAGAAAAACUAAGACGCAGUCUUCCAAACCUGUCCCGAACAUCUAAUACACAAGUUGACUCAGUGAAAAGCAGCAGAAGUGACUCAAAUUUUCAAGUGCCAAAUGGAGGAAUACCUCGCAUGCAACCUCAGGCUUCAGCCACUUCGCAAAGGCUGAAAAAUUUGCCUCGCACUUCCCUCAAAGCCAAACAGUUGCUUCAAACUUCAUCUACAAAAAGAGUACCUUCUCCAGGCAAAUUCCGUUCCCCUGCAGCACCAUCUCCUUUGGCUCUUCGGCAACCAGUGAAAGCAUUUAGUAAUCAUGGCUCUGGUUCUCCUGGUAGCCAAGAAAUAACACAGCUCGCACAAACCACCUCCUCACCUGGGCCUCCUAUGGUUCAGAACACAGUCUCAGCAAAUCCUCCCAGCAAUAUCAACAGCACUACUCUAACCAGACCUGCAGGGACAACUGCAAUGAGAAGUGGCUUGCCCAGACCCAGUGCCCCUUCUGCUGGGGGCAUACCAGUGCCUCGCAGCAAACUUGCACAACCUGUUCGCAGAUCCUUGCCAGCUCCUAAAACCUAUGGUAGCAUGAAAGAUGACAGUUGGAAAGAUGGCUGUUAUUGACCAGCAAAGACAAGAAUGCAGAAGUCCACGGCUUCAUGGAUACCCUUCACAAGGCUAAAAACAACUUUUAUAUGCAGACUGUUCAGAUAAGACUCUUGGGAUUUAUAAAAUCCCAGCCCUCUCUGUCUUAAUUAGCACAAGCUGACAGAGAUCAUCAAACAGCACUUUAAUGACAUUUAACAUCAGAUGUGUUUGGUAAUCACACAAUCACUCUCCAUAGAAUCACUUUUAGUUUUGUUUAAUAGAAACUAGGAUGAUUUUUAAAAUAUUUGACAGAGGCCAAUAUCUGGGCAAAUACUUAAUGGAUGCCAAAGAGAAAUGCCCAUUUGUAAAUGAGAAAAAUGCCCAUUUGUGCAUAAGAAAAUGGUGAAUUCAAGCUAUCCAAAACUUCACAUUCAACUAAUUUACUGUAUAAAUAGUAUCAAUAAAUAUUUGUGUUAAUGAGAACUAAUAUUCUGACUAAUGAUCUAAAGUGUUUCACUAGUACACCAGGAAACUACAGAUUGAGAUUGGGGGUGGGAGGAAAGAAGGCUGGGCUAGAGAUUGAAAACAUCCCUAAAUUUGGGAGAAUUUCAGAAAUUAUUUUUGCAGAUUCAUUAGAAAAAUUGUCAUUUAAUCUUAAGUUUUGGAUGUAGCUCACAUAUCACCACCAUCAGAUAGUGUUACAGCAUGCAUCCAUCAUAUUGCAUUGACACAUCGAACUUUCUGCGUGUUUGUUUUGAUUGCCAAAAGGGCUUAAUAUCAGUUGUACAAUCUUUCUAAACUUUAUAGUUCCUGGCUCAGGAAAGAUGGCCUUUGCUAUUGAAGCCAACGUCUUCACAUCCUGUUAUCUUUACAGAAUUAAGAGAUCCUGUUUCUAUUAGCAGGUUUUCAUGAUAGGAAAGAACAAGUAAUCUGUGUCUUUAUUCUUGAUACAACACCACCUCAGUGCUUACAACCUGGAACAAAACCAUACAAUGAGAGAGAGGGGGAAAAAAAUCUAUGCACUUAACCUACAGAAUCUCUGGUGAUGACAGUUGUAUUGUUGCUAUUACAUGGCAUAAUGGUCUAUUAUGUGGUAGGAAAAUAUAGCCUGCUAAAUGCUACUUGAGUUGAUCCACUUGAAACUGAGUAACUGUAUAAACAACAUCUAUUGGAAAUUCUUUCCCUUUUGACUUAGAUUCUGCCUUACAUCAAUUUUUUGCAUUUUUGGUAACAAACCUACUACAUAUAACUCUUAACCUGAUAAAUACUUGUUCUCUAACAGCUCGUAAUGUAUCUUGAAGUCGCCUAUUUCAGUUUUAUCAGACUAUUAGCAGAGUAAAACUUCCUUCUGUGGCGGGCCUCUCAUUUUUUUAUUAUGAGGUCUGUUUUUAAAUACCUAAUUUGAACAGCUCUAAGAUAUUGGCAGUUAGGUCAUCUAAAAGCUUUUAGAGAUUUGAACAUAAGUUCAUUUCCUGUUAAUCAAAGACAUUCCGUAAGUUGGCAAAAGAAAUUGGGAAAGAGAAAUGAAAGGCUUGAUAUUCAGGGCAGCAUGAAGGUUAAUAGGUUGAGAGAAUGAUGAAAAAACCAGGACCUCCAUUCUGUCAUGACUGACACCAUGGUAGUCUAUCAGCUUGACCUGUGGGGAAUCAUUUAUUCAGCACAAGCAGCUGGAGAUUUAAACUGCCAGUACUAUGUAUUUGGUGUAUAAUGCAAGGAAGAAACUUUAUCCUUGAAUUUGAGGGUAAUGGGGUGGGUCAGGAAAGGAUGGCGCCAGAAUUCUACAUGGUAAUGAACUCAAAAAAUGUUGCUUUUCAGAGGAAGAUAAAGCAUCUUCUUUUGGGAGGGGUUAUCUCAUGUCUAAGUAAUUAAAAGAAAGAACUAGCUACUGUCUCUUAACCACAUACAAAACAAUUCUCAGUUUUCAGUGCAACAUUUCAAAAAAUAUAUAUAUGCUGCAAUCUAAUAAUUAAAAGGAAUUUUAACUCUAUUAUGAAACAUUACAUUUUUUAAGUUAGAUAAUCAGUUUCAAAAGGAGUAUUCAGGUUAUUUAACUUUGUUUUUAAAUGGCUGCAUCAGAAAAAAAUGUCUAUUUUUUUUUAAUUAAAAUAUUUCAUCACUUGUUAAAACUUAUUUUGGAUCUGAGUUUGGUAAAGUAUUAUUUUACCUGCUGUUGUACUACCACAGACUAUUGACUUUUAGUUUCCUAAAGAGAAAAAUUGCCUUUUUACUAGAAAGCCUUUGUGUGUCGCAAUUUUUCUGUUUGGGAAAAUCUAAGGAUUUACUGUGGUUAGUCUUACAGAAGAAAUGUGGAUUUGAUAAACUAGUGCCUAUGAUUUUAACUUAUGUUUCAUAUAUAGUAGUAAGGGUUUUAUGAAUGUUGAUUAUUUUGUGCCAACAGCCCAGAAUUGUCACUUAUAUGUAAGCAGAAAACAAUGAGCUCUGCUUCCAAAGUUAUUUAAUUUUCUCAGUGUUUGAAUGUUAUUUUUUGUAAGUGUGUUAAUAAAAGUGUAAAGAAUUGGAAAAAAUAUAAAUAUUCUUAACUCAAGCAUUUGCUGGAUCAUUUUUCUACAAAACUUGUUUGUAUAAUAUAAAACACUCUCUGAAGAGUUGACUUUUUUUUUUUCAGUUUCGUAUCCUGGAAAUCACAUUUUGUAGAACUGGGGACCAUUCAUAAUUGUCAGAUACUUUUUAAAAUUAUCUCAAUACAUCACUUUUAUAAAAAGUUUUUUUGAAAGAAACUUCGAUACAUAUGAUGUGGCCCCAGAUGUUUGUAUAACUCUAGAAUGAUCUAGACGAUGUAUGUUUAACUUUUUAUUGAAUGUACAGGUAUUCAUUUUUGACGUUGCGCAUGGUCCUUUUAGAUCACAUGACGUUCGAUUUGCAAACAUUUCUAUAGCCGAAGUUGUAUAUGUGGUUGCCUCCUUAAUAAACAGCCUGACCAUAAUGUUUAUUAUUAAAUUUAUAUUUGUUUUUUAAGUGUUGAAU